CUUCGUCCACUGUGCCCUGGAGGAUCUUGUACGAACCAAGUACGGAGUGGAAGCCUGGGAAAAGAUCCUAAAGAAGAGCCGAAUCCGGAUGCACGGCGGCUCUUUCCUCAUGCACCGCGUGUACGCCGACGAGUUGACCCUCAAGCUGGUCCAGUCGGCCUCCGAAGUGCUCGGCCUGAGCGCGGACGCCUGCCUCGAAGCCCUGGGCUGCCACUUCCUGUACUUCUGCCAGCAGCACGGCUAUGACCACAUCCUGCGCGUGCUGGGAUCCAACCUGACAGACUUCCUGACCAACUUGGACAACCUGCACGACCACCUGGCCUCCACCUACCCGGGCAUGAGUGCCCCCUCCUUCAGGGUGUCGCCCGGCCCCCUGGGAAGUCUACACCUACACUACUGCAGUGAGCGCAGGGGCCUGCACCCGAUCGUCAAGGGUCUGGUGAAGACCGUGGCGCGCGAGUUCUUCGACACGGAGGUGAGCGUGAGCACCUGCAAGGUCACCGACAAGGGAGACAGGGUCGUCGUCCUCAUGGAGGUCUCCGAAAACCUCCUCAAGCUCCCGAUGCCUCUGGCGGUGCCGACUCUGGCGCACAAGCGGUCCUCGUUCACGUCUGCCCACGUGACCGACCACCUGAGUCAGAGUCCCCAAGACCUACCCGUGGACACCAGGACCUUCUGCACGGCCUUUCCGUUCCAUGUCGUCUUCGACAGGGACUUCGUCAUCACCCAGGCGGGAAAGGGCCUGCUCCGUCUGACCAAGUCCAUGUGGCAGAGGGGCAAGCCUGUCCGGUUCACGGACAUGUUCAGCAUCUCCCGGCCCGUGAUCGAGUGCACGUUCGAGAGCAUCCUGGGCUUCCUCAACCAGGUCUACGUGGUCACGGCCAGGGACGGGGUCCUCGAGAGGGACAGGAAGAGCCCCACCGGGCCCCGGGUUCCCUCGCCCGUGGCGAACAAGAGGAAGCUCCUCCGGCGACUCAACAGCACCGUCGAGCCUCCACCAGAUGGCGUACUCCGCCUCAAGGGCCAGAUGAUGUCCCUCCCAGAGUCGGACAGCCUUCUCUUCCUGUGUUCGCCGCGGGUCAAGAGUCUAGAAGACAUGAAGCGCGUGGGCCUCUUCUUCAGCGACCUGGCGCUCCACGACCCGGUCAGGGACCUCAUCCUGGUCUCGCACCAGCGGCGGAGGGAGCGGGAGCUCGUCGAGAAACUCGACGAGGCCUCGAACCACCUCAAGAUCCUCGACUCGAAGUUGCGGGAAGACAAGCGGCGCACCGAAGACCUGCUGUGCUCCAUCUUUCCGGCGGGCGUGGCGCGCAGCCUGUGCCAAAACCUGCCCGUGGAGGCCGAGAAGUUCGAGCUCGUCUCCUGCCUCUUCUCGGACAUCGUGGGCUUCACGGCGCUCUGCGGGAGCGAAAACGUCCAACCCAUGGACAUCGUGCGCCUGCUCAACAGGCUCUACGUCCAGUUCGACUCCCUCACGGGAGUGCACGGCGUCUACAAGGUGGAGACGAUCGGCGACGCGUACGUGGUGGUCUCCGGAGUGCCCGAGUUCCUGGAGGACCACGCCGACCGCCUGGUGGCCAUGGGCCUCGCCAUGCAGGCCGUCACCCGGACCGUCCGCUCGCCCGUCGAGGGGCACUCCAUAGAGAUUCGGAUCGGCAUCCAUUCGGGUCCCGCCAUGGCCGGCGUGGUGGGCACGCAAAUGCCCCGCUACUGCCUCUUCGGCCACACCGUGACCCUGGCCAACCGGGUCGAGAGCUACGGCAUGCCCAAGCAGGUCAACAUCAGCGAGACCACCAAGGGGCACCUGACCAAGGACGGGUACAUGUUCCUGGCCAACAAGGCCGUGUCGGCCGACCUGCCCGUCCGCUGCUACUGCGUCUCUCGGCCCGGGGACUCCGUGGCGGUUGACCCGGCCACCCUGGGGGCUUCGCUGGGCCUGUGCAGUAGCGGGGGCCACUUCCGGUCCCCGACGGGGUCUCCCGUCCUCUCCGAGAAGGGCACGCCCGCCGGGUCAAGGAGCUCGUCGACCCACAGUUCGCCACCUGUCGGAUCCCCCAGUGGCGGUGCCACUGACCGCGGGCAGGGGGUGUUUUCUUCACCACCAAACAGCAAGAGACAACACCGCCGAAAUGUGUUCCAGUUUCCGCCGGCUGAAAGAAGUUCCAGCGCAGUCAAUAGCAGUUCGUGGACUCUCAGGAGGUCGAGGAGCAGCUCGAGCGACUUCCAAGACAUACCGUCCGCAGACACGAGCUUGGAAGACGCAGCCCAAGACGCGUCGGACCUCACCAUGUGCGUCAUCAACGUCGAGUCCGCCAGCAGCCUCGAACCAUCGCUGAGCAGCGACACGCUCUCAUCAAGAGGAACUUCGCCCGGCACCGAACGCAAGCCGCUCGACAACAUCACCAAGUCUGCCACCGCCGAGUCCCCUCUACACUCACAGGACGACGGUUCAGGCUUACGGGGCGGUUUCAUGAUCCUAGACGAACAGACUCAAAGUUCCGACGAAGGUCUUCCCAGACUGAAGUCUCCGACUACAGAAGUGUCUUACUCCAAGUUGAGAACAACAUCGAAGAAGGCAAGCCUCACUUGCUGCCCGUUCGGCUCCAAGCGGCAAGACAUGAACCGCAACGUUCAGCUUUCUGGCAGCCUACAAAACCUCAAGCCCCGGUGUCCUUUUCGCCUCGGAGGCGAAGAUGAAGAUGAUUUGGAAGUGUAUCAGGCGGAAAAAGCCUCCCACCUGGACAUGCCCGAUAAGCUCUACGACCUGUCUCACACGCCAUCUUCAGAGUCUCCGAGUCCAGCAUCGACGUGCGCCGUCCCCACAGUAGUCGUGAGGCCACCUCCAGAACCUCGGAGUUCCUUUCCUUGCUGGCGGUUUUUUCUCAAGAAAGCCGAUAAGAAGUCGGCAAAGAGCGGUCUUCUGCAGCCCAUCAGCGCUGAUGGCUCCGGGCAAUCCGGGCGGAGGAGUUCUUCGGCUGCGGGGUGCCCCAUGAGGCGGAUGUUCUCGCAGGUCCUCGCGGUGAACGUCGACGAGGCCGAGACUGCGUCUCUGGACGCUCCGUCGCCCGGAAAGCGAACUCAGAGUUGUUACUCGUUCCGUAACCUGGAAAUUUCGGAAUCCCGCAGCGACUCCGCCCGGAAGGAGUCCCCGUCGCACCGCUUCGCUCUCCCGCAUUUCAACUGGCACUUCCCCAAACUGAAACAGAGGUUCACGAAGGAAAACUUGUUCGGCGGAGAUUUUUUCUCGUCUUCGCCGAGGUGAGGACACGCUCGGCGCAGGACCAGAUUAAUCUUUUAUGCAAUUGCGCCUCAGGUUACGCAUCGCAAGGUCGUCGUAAAAAGAACGGGUCGGUCACUUUAUGAGGAGCCUAAAAAUGUGGCUGGAGGGGUGCUUCAGUUUGCCAUUAUUACGCUGUUCAAUCGCCAGAGUAUGUAAACGAAAUUGACUCUUGGGAAAGCUUGAUAAACGUCGUGAAAACAAUUAGCGCAAAAGACAAGAACAAGACAAAGCUCUUGUCCUGUUUGUACUUCAUAUUUUCCUUGUCUUUUGUGAUAAUUGUUUUCAGGAUGUAGGCAUACUGGUUUCAACUGUGCGUUUAAUAUAACCAUGUUAAGAAGAAUAGCGAACAUUGUGUUAGAGGCUUUUUUAAUGUAAGACUUAAAACUGAAUGUGCGUGUCUUGCAACGACCAAUGGGUAAUAGAGUUUCAACAGGCAUGCAAUACGCGAGGCAUAAAAGCGUACUAUUGUUUUAAUGAGUAGGUAUAAUGUUAGAACUCUGUUUUGACUGAGGUAAAAUACAUAUCAGAAAUUGCUCCUAAAAACUAUAUAAAGUGCCCCGACUCCCUUGCACAACACCAUAUAUGAUGUUUAGUCUAAUUUGGUUUCCUACCAUUCCCUUUUGCGGGUUGCUUGAACUUUUGGUGUCAUUUCUAGUUUAUACAUUUUCUUAUUUAUGUAUAACAACACUUCCGUUUCGAAAAUGAAACCAAAAAGCUGGUUGCAGUGCUUUAAUGCUACGUCGGUACUUAUACAAACAAAAACUGAAACUCAAUAAAACAGUUUGACUACAA